AUGGUGCAGUACAUCCUGACGCCGUGGCGCGAUCGCCGCGAGCUGCUCAAGGUUCGCCAGCAGUUCUAUCCCGCGGCCCCGUCCCCCGCGGACCCUACGUCCUCUGCAGCACUGCCAGCACCACCAGCAUCAGCGACAGCAUCAUCCGCGCCCGUAUCUGCUUCUGCAUUGCCGACGGCACCGCCGACAACAACACAAGGGGUACCAGUGCCAGCACCGACACCAACGGGAGGAGCACCGCUCAUGACGAGUGCCAUCGGCGGCAGCAGCUCCUCCAACGUCGAUAACGACAGGCCGCUGCUUCUGCUGCUGGCCGCCCAGCACCAUGCCGUCGCCAGGGUGUCCAUGUGGAUGCAGCGCGGCAACUGUCCGCACAUGGUCGAGUCGACGGCCCUGCUGACGGCCGCCAUUCUGAGCGACGGGGAGAGCAAGGGCAGCGCCGGCACCUACGCCGUCCGCGCCGCCUACGCCGCCGCCUUUAGCCGUCGGGAGCUGGUGGCUGUCGCAAGCCCGUCAAAGUCUAUUUGGGCCUUUUCCGUCCCUCCUCAUUCCGGCCUCCUCGAACCUUGGCCCGUCCCUUGGUCUUGGGUGGCUUUGAAACAAUCCAAUCCUCCAAGGACAUCCUUUGGUCGCCCUUGUUCCCUCGAACCCUCGUUUCUGGACUUCGGCGUCUUCUCACAUCUUACAUACCUCCUCCUUUCGACUUUCCUGUCAUUGUCACCCCCUCCCGUACAAAAGCACACCACGCCCCCCCCUUCCCUUUCCCGUCCUGUGUCUCGCGGCGCCAUGUCUCCUUUUGGAUUCUGCAUGUUAAAGCCUGCCCCAACACCCGACCGACUAGUCAAGGCGGUCCGUCUGAUGAAAGGCGCAUUUGCCCGAUCUGACCUGACCGACCUGCUGGAUCACACGCCCGGGCAAUGCACAUAUACGCACGCCGCACCAACACACACCCCCCCAUCCUCCCAGCAAACACCGUCUUGGAUCGCCUCUUGUCUCAUAUUGUCCGCGUCGCGCAAGUGUGCACUCACUUCUUUAGCCCAUGAUCUGACUGACUUGCCUCUGUGGCAUCGGGAGGUUUGGAUUGGAUGUCUUCGCUACAUGCAACCUCCCGCCGGGCCCUACCCUUCGUUCGUGACCGGACUCCUGGACGGACACCAGGAUAAGCAGCGUAAGCUGAGCAUGUACUCAGUGGCCAAGACCAUCGGGCUGCCGGCGACCUUUGUCGAGCUUCGGCACCAGGCGACGCACGAGACGCUACCGUCACUCGCGAAGCUGCGGUCCGCCGCUCGUAAGGCUCUGGUCUGGAUAUGGGAGUACUACUGGCAGCACUUGGGGCCCGAGGACGAGGUGGCGGUGGAGGUGGGUGAGAAUGAGGGUGAGGGAUGGGAGCGGAUUGAGGUUUCGGAGAAGAGGGUCGGCGUCGCCACGGCAGCAGCGGGUCGCGCGGUCGUCGUCGCCUUCCUCGAAGAACAAGACGAGGCGCGGCGCGCAGAUAUGAAGAGGUGGAUUGACGGGCUCGACGAGGCUCGGCUGCUCGCCACAUUGGACAAGAUCACGGAGACGCCGCCGAACAACAUCGUUCUACUUGCUGCACUGCGGCUGUUGAAGGAGAUUCUGCAAAAGCGGCAGAGUGUCAAGGGCACAGAACAAGGGCACGCCAGGGACGUGGACGAAAUCGAGAGGAAGAUAUCACAGGCGAGGGACGCCCUCAUGGCGGAGACGCAAGACGCGGCCGAGACCUCUGCCGACGACGCCGGAACUGAGGAGGCUCAAGAGAUUGUUGGCACGGGAUGGGCCAGGUUCGAGGGCACGUGGAAGCCGCGACCGAUUGGCGUCGCAAUCAUCCAGACAUCUCUCGACCGCGUAAUCGCCUUUCAUGAAUACCUUCGCCUCGAGGAGACCAUUGCUGAGAACAAAACUCACCACAGCAACAGCCGCAGGGUGGGCAGUAGUAACAACUACGCCUACCUGGUCAAGGAUGACAAGACCAAUGACGCAGUCAUCAUCGACCCGGCCAACCCGCCCGAGGUGACUCCGGUGCUGCAGAAGGCCAUCAAGGCCGGCGAGAUCAACCUCACGGCCAUCGUCAACACGCACCACCAUUGGGACCACGCAGGCGGAAACAAGCAGCUCCAAGGCGACCUCGGCCUGGAGAAGCUGCCCGUCAUCGGCGGCAAGAACUGCGACGGCGUUACCAGGACGCCGGGCCACGGCGAGUCGUUUAACAUCGGCAGCAUCGCCGUCAAGGCGCUGCACACGCCGUGCCACACCCAGGAUAGCAUCUGCUGGUUCAUGCAGGACGGGGAGCAGAAGGUCGUGUUUACGGGUGACACGCUCUUCAUCAGCGGCUGCGGCAAGUUCUUCGAGGGCAACGCCGAUGAGAUGCACACGGCGCUGAAUAAGACGCUGGCCUCGCUGCCCGACGACACGGUCGUGUUUCCCGGCCACGAGUACACAAAGUCUAACGUCAAGUUUGCCGCGUCGGUGCUGCAGAACGAGGCGAUCCAGAAGCUGCAGGCCUUUGCGGAGAACAACAAGGAGACGCAGGGCAAGUUCACGAUCGGCGACGAGAAGGACCCCGAGAUUCAAAAGGUUACGGGGGAGAGCGAGCCUGUCUCCGUCAUGGCCAAGCUGCGGGAGAUGAAGAACAACUUCAAGUGA